AUGGAUCUCGAGCCACGCUUACACGACGAUCCUCUCGCCGUCAGUGACCAUCCACCAAAACCACCAUCUUCACCCCAGGAAGAUGGUUAUAGUCCACCGACAAUCGAUCAGUCGCACGAUGCUGCCCUGGUAUUGACAGCACUCGAUCAGUCCUACAAUUGCCAUGGGGUCUGUGAUGCAAAGAUCCUGCUCUGGGGUUCCCCAGGCUGUGGCAAGCGUCGUAUUGCUACUGCGGCUGCUCUGGAGUUUUCCGCCAGGACGGGCUGCAAAAUCCUAUGGAUAGAUGGACGCGCUUUCGAGUAUUUCAUCCGCGACUAUAGAGCGGCGUACACCACCAUUACUGGACAGCAUCUUCCACAAGGUCUGACUUUAACCCAUACUCUCCUGAAGAUUAGAUCCACACUGGAAGCUCGCCGGGAUGAGCUUCUCAUUGUCGUCUUCGACCUCCAGUCCUACUUGGAAGAGGACAUGGAAAAUGAACUAAAGAUCAAUGACCUCUUUCUGCCAGACCGCUGUCGCCUACUCUUUACGUCUUCGUAUGUCCUUCCAAGAGCGAUCACCAGCCAUGAACAUGGACCGCCCAUGGAGUGCGGACUGAAGCUCGCCAAUCGGGCGACAUGUCUGCAUGUCGGCGCGGUCAACGAGGAACAAGCCGAACAGUAUUUCAGAGCCGCAGUACCGAACAGCAUCGAUGCGGUCGACUCUCUCCGUGCUUUCUGGCACUCCCACAAAGAUCCGUGGCAUACUGCUCCACUUUGCCUUGCGCUCUCUUGUGGUUGUAUGCGCUUUCUGCAGAUAUCCCCUGGUAAUUUUCAACAACUAUGCGCAUAUAAGGCUAGGGAAGGCUGUACUCCCACUUUUCCUGGCUCCGGUUCAAUUCUGGCAAACAUAAUGUCUACUUUAUGGGACGCUUUGGAUGACUACGAUAUUGCCGCAAGGCAGUUGCUAGCAAUCUGCUCAGUCGUCGAUCGAGAGGAUAUACCUGUUGUUAUUGUUGAAAAGUUCCCAAUGUUUCAGAACAGUAUAGGGAGGCUUCACUCAGCCAUUGACUUACUCCGUCGGAGUGGGUUAGUUGAGAUCGACCAGGGAACUGAGCUUGCCACUAUCAACCUUCACCCUCAGGUGCACCGUUGGCUGCAACUAAAACGCCGAAAAAUCGAGGACAAGCAGGAGUUGACAUAUCUCGUCCACACUUGGAUUUCUGUGCUCAGCGAAUACCUCACCAAACCAGAGCAUGAGCCGCAGGAGAAUGGUCCCAUCUUCGAUCCCGAUAAAUUCUGGCGGAUGCUCGGUCACAUAAUGGCGCUUUGCAAUCUCAAAUCAGGGCAACUUCGACAGUUUUGCAGCCUGCAGUACAUGACAUUUCUUAAGCACGUCGCGACAUUCCUUGUCAACGACGGUAUCUUCCCAGGCUUGGCUGGUGUGACUAUCACUCAUGCUCUCAACAUGUGCACCCAUCAACAAAGUCGACACCGUCGUAAUGCAACACUUUACCGUGAGUAUGUCCAAAUUCGUCAAGUGAGGGCUACCGCCUUUAUGAAUGUAUCAGAUUAUAGUCAAGCUGUGAAUGAACUGCGGGAGGCGAAGCGAGUUGUUGGUCGUCAUCUACCAGACGAUGCCAGCAGCAGACGGAUCUUGCACGAGAUUGAGGAUGCAGAAGCACACCUUAGUGUUGUUCAGAUGAAUUGGCCUGAAGCCGGCCGGAUUCUCACCCGACUGCUGGCCACGCCGGAACUAAACAAUGCUUCAUACAACCUCGCACAGCGACACCAUUGGAUGGCGCGGUAUAAAGCAGGAAUAGGCGGAGAUAUUGGCUCCUUGGAACAUUCGCACAUGACCAUGUCAUACUGGAGAGAGCUGCCAUAUGACGAACAAUGGGGCUAUAAAGACAUCACGACCCUGUAUUGGGUAGAAAAACACAUGCUGGACCUAAUGACCAUGAGAAAGUACAAAGGUGCCCUCCUCUUCGGUACACGACUACUCGAGAGAGCGUACGACCUGACGCCGGUUCUCGGAGCCUCCGUCUGCCGCUUAACUUACCGAAUCGUAUACUGCCAGUGCAUGCUAGACAUGGCUGACGAUGCCGAAAGAGCAGUGUGUCGACUUCUUGAACUGCCUUCCCACGACACAUAUGGAGAUGACACCAACGGGGCAUAUCUGCUGUAUAUGUUGUAUGAGCUUGCGGUAGUGCUGCAGCGCAGUGGGAGGGCCGUGGAGGCCGAAGGUUUGUACAGAUUCAACAUACAGACGUCGAAGCUCUACGACAUCAAAGAUCUGGGCGGCACCGAAAAGUAUGACAGUUGGCGUGAUCAUAUUCAAUUGAUCAUGUGUCUCAUCGAGCAGGGGAAAGUGUGGGAAGCCCUAAAACUCAAGGAGGAAUAUGAGCAUGAGAAUCCGGGCAGAGAGUUUUCAAACUCCGUCAUCCAGAACAGCUGGGCCGCUUGUCGUCAAUCAAAAGAGUUAUACAUCAGGGCGGUCGAAGCUGAAAAGGCCGGGACUUCUCUGGAAUUCAAGGCAUCUCUUGAUUUGGCCGAGCGUCGGCCAGCAUUAAAACGGGCCGUGAGAUGGUUUGGAAGCCCGAAGCAUCGGGUUGAGGGGGACAAGGACUUUGAGAGCGAUAUCGAUUUGCACGACAUCGGACGGGCGCGGAAAAGUCGUCUCCUCCACCUCCUUGACUUCCCUCUCGUUUAUCUAGCUUUCCGUCGAUCCAGGGCUUCUGUCGACAAUACUAACAAUGAGUUUCUGUGGGCGAACGUUCGACAAAGCGUUCUCGGGCAGUAUUGGAAAUAUUGUGAUUGCAAGAGGAAGAGACGACGCAGUCAAAGUGUUCAGGGGUUAGACGGUUUCAUGGCCAAGCUAAAAUACGACAAUGAAGACUCCAAACCGAGGAACCUGAAACAAAAACUCAUCACGGACUGGGUUAUAAGGACGCCAGGCGAGAGCAAGCCUAUUUCAGCAGGUUGUGGACCCAGUUGUCCGUGCAUCGAAGCCAACAAAAGAGGUCUUGUCGAGACUUCUGCUCUGGAAUCAAAGCUUUACUUGUGGGAGGAGCCGACCUCCAAAAAGCGCUCGUCCAAGGAUCGACCCAGGUACCGGAACAGGAAACCAAACCGAUCACCGGUUUCAGAAGACGAAUUAUUCAUUCUCAUCCCACCUAAUACUUUGUUGUGGAUCCAGUCCGAGUUUGCGAAUGGGGAGUCUGAAGGAGAGAAUUAUAUCAUUCCACGAGCAACUGAGAUUCCGGGAAUAACCAUCACUCCACCUGAAGGGGAGAUAGAUCUCAUGUCGCUUACCACAUCUACCCAAGAGAGAGUGACAAAGUAUUACCAGAGGGACUAUACGGCAGACUUUGCUUCCGUAUUGGAGAAGCAAGAGACCGAGUGGUUUAGCCCGACACGGUUGGAUGACAUCUUGGAGGACGAUGAAGACGAAGGGGAUACAGCGUGA